CAAAAUAGUUUUACAUUGUGCAAUAAAAAUGUUUUUUUAACUGUGCAUCAAAAUUAUUGCGCUAAUGUGAAAAACACCGUUUGAAAAUCGGGAAGAAAGACUGUCCUGCAAAAUGCUGAUGCUACUUGGGUGAGAGUGGUAGGGUGAGUCAUUUCCCCCUUCAUUUCUACAUUGUCUGUAUUGUGGCUAUAUAUUUUUAUAUUAUUUUCAUAAUGAGCUGAGCGACUAACCCUUUCAUUCAUAAUAAACCCUAGGGGGAAAACAAAAUCUCUGUAUUUUUGCCGUCCUCGUCCCGGUCUUAAAAACUCAUCUGUUCUUUCCUCCAGGCUUUUGCUAAACUUCCCGCCAUCUUUUCCAAGUUUACAGUAUCCGGGAAAUGGAAAUAAGAAACUUUUGACGAAUGCGGGUCAAGUCCAGCGCGCCCUAAACUUCCGCCCGCCAGCAGUCUGACCCUAGGCACACGCCCAACUCGGCGCGGCGACCUCUUCAGGCGCAGCCGGGCUUCUGGACCCGCCUUCCUCGAACGCGAGGGAGACGUUUGCGCACGCGCGCGCCGAGGGCCUACAUCUCCCAGUAGGCUCUGCGCCUCGCAGGGGCCGGCCUUGGUCGCAGAGGACUACACUACCCAGCAACUCCUUGCAAUAGGCGUUUAUCGGGGGGUUGGGGGGGGGCGCCAGUACAACCAUUGGUUUAGCGUCUGUCGGAAGCUGUGCUGUGAUUGGCCUAGAAACCCGUCAGUUACCGCCAAGCUCAGUUAAGUUUUACUGUUAGACUGCGCGAGGGGGGAGAGACGAGCGACGGGAGCCGCGCCCUCUCAGCCCGGUGAGUGACCUCUGCCUCCGCCCUCUCGCUGUCCGCUCGGAGACUUGCACCCUCAUUCCCUGGGGGCGACCACACGCGCAGAUAAAUAUCAAGGCUUUUUGGUACAAGAAGGAAAUUCUGAGCAAGCAGAAAAACUUGAAGCUGAUGGACGUUGCAUGGGCCAGAGGCAGGGAUGGUGGGCUAUGACCCCAAAGCAGACAACAGGGAUAUCUCCAAUGUUGAGGUGGCUGUGGCUGGGUCUGUGUCCGGACUUGUCACUCGGGUGCUGAUCAGCCCCUUGGACGUCAUCAAAAUCCGCUUCCAGCUUCAGAUUGAGCGCCUGUCUCGCAGUGACCCCAAUGCAAAAUACCACGGAAUCCUGCAGGCCGGGAGACAGAUUUUGCAAGAGGAGGGCCCAACAGCAUUCUGGAAAGGGCACAUCCCAGCCCAGCUUCUCUCCAUAGGCUAUGGAGCUGUCCAAUUUUUGUCGUUUGAAGUGCUGACCGAGCUGGUGCACAGGGCCAGCGUGCGCGAUGCCCGCGACUUCUCCGUGCAUUUCUUGUGCGGCGGCCUGUCCGCUUGCGUGGCCACCCUCGCCGUGCAUCCCGUGGACGUGCUGCGCACCCGCUUUGCAGCUCAGGGUGAGCCCAGGGUCUAUAAAACCCUGCGAGACGCCGUGGUGACCAUGUACAGGACCGAAGGCCCCUUGGUCUUCUACAAAGGCCUGAACCCCACCUUGAUCGCCAUCUUCCCCUACGCGGGGUUCCAGUUCUCCAUCUACAGCUCCUUGAAGCGCGCCUACGAGUGGGCCUUGCCGGCCGAAGGCAAGAAAAACGGGAACUUCAAAAACCUGCUUUGUGGCAGCGGAGCUGGCGUCAUCAGCAAGACCCUCACGUACCCGCUGGACCUCUUUAAGAAACGGCUGCAGGUCGGAGGGUUUGAGCAGGCCCGAGCCUCCUUUGGCCAGGUGCGGAGCUACAAGGGCCUCCUGGACUGCGCCGGGCAGGUGCUGCGAGAGGAGGGGGCACAGGGCUGCUUCAAAGGCCUGUCCCCCAGCCUGCUGAAGGCCGCCCUCUCCACCGGCUUGGUGUUCUUCUGGUACGAGCUCUUCUGUAACUUCUUCCAUCACAUGAGGAAGGCAGACAGCUAGCCUCGAGGGCAGGAAGGGUGGCCUGCGGUCUUCCCCUCCUGGAAGUAGACUCGAUCAACGGUCUCCUGUUGCACAGAGAGGCGCUGCCUGGUCCUUCCCUCCAGGACAGCUGUCUCGGGCACGAAGAUCCGUCGGGAUUCCACUGGAAGGGCACCGGGAGGCCCAUCAGGAGGAGCUGGACGUUCAUCCUCUGUCUGUCGGACACUGGGGGCAGCAGCUGCCCUCCUGCUAAGCCUGGCUGCCCAAAGAGCCCUCCUGACUCUGGGCGGGGCCGCAGGGUGAGCGUGAGGCUGGGACUGGGCCCCGUACAGGGUCCCCACGCUUACUCCCACCACCUAUUUAAUAGACGUUAAAGCUGAAAGCAGUCUUUCCCCUCCACCUUCCCUUCCAAAUCACAUCCCUGCUCCCAAAGCUGGAGGGAGGGAGCCCUGCUUUCCCUGCUUCUACUUCGCUCCGCAGCUGUGUCCCUCAGGCAGCUCUGCUUCUGGUUCUAGGGGAAGAAUCCUAGAACUAGCUGAAUUGGUCUCUUUAUGUAAAAACUCCACCAUACUCAGAUCUCCAUGUCUAUAAAGGCACCGCUCAGGCUGUUCUCUCCCUGGCAGGACUGGUCCCAGCCCGUGGGCCUCUAGGAAAAGCUGAUCCCAGCGGCGCCACUGGCAGUGGGGGUGUGCCGAUGGGGCGGGGGUGUGGGUAAAGGCAGCAGCCCUCUGCCUCAGUCUCCCAGGAUCACUCUCUUGCUGGAGGCUGGGUUAGCCCUCCUCAGUGGGUGGGAGCUUAGGCUGGGCCAGUGGGCAUCAGCUGCCCGCUUGUGAGCUCCUGGGUCCAGCAUGGCCCUGGGUGCAUCCUCUACAAUCCCCGCAGGAAGGGGUUGAGCAGGCCGCCUGCUGCGGGGACCCCCGGUGCCCAGGCGGUUGCCAGGCACAGGAACCCACAGUCUAGACACCGCCAGCGGUACGAAAGGAGAAGAGAGUCACAGAAAAACCACCCGCUGGGAAGCAUGGCCCUAGAGGUUGGCUGUGCAGGGGGAGUCCCGCUCAGGACUGCUCCCUUGACCUCACCUCGGCUCUAGCUCCAGCCUUUGCACUGACAGCCGAGGAAGGUGGCAGCGAGGAGCAGCCAUGGGUGGGCGUCAUGGCUCUCCUGGGGUCCUGGGCCCGUUCUCACCAUUAUCGUGUCCUUUCUGGUCUGGUACCUGGAAUCCUGGAACCUCCCUGCCCUUGGUUGCUGAUUAUGAAGGUCCAUGUGUGGCUAGAGGGUGUCUGGCAGUCAAGGCUUGCGGCUGCCCAAGGGGGCCGCUGUCCGAAUGUAUUUUUUUGAUAUCCAUGGAAGUAAACUUUAUUCUCUUCA